UCAGUUUUUCAUUCAUCGACCCGAUGACGCAUGUAUCGAGUAGCAAUUUCAAUCAUGUUGGCGACGUACAAACUAAGAAGGCGACAACGCAAACGAAUGCUCGCCGAAGAAGUUCCAUCAAGAUUCUGAUGCUACCGACUGCCGCAGUCGACGAAGGCUGGUCGUGGGUCGUUUGCAUCGCUUGUUUCUUUAUCAAUUUCGUCCUCAUUGGUGUGUGGUCUUCCUUUGGCGUGCUGUACGUCGGAUUGCUAGAACAUUAUGUCGAUUCCAACGAGACCGACAUUUGUUCGAGUGAAAAUAGGAGUCAGUCUUCUAAUGCUAUUAGUGGACAGACAGCAUGGAUUGGCAGCCAAGCAACUUUGUUCACUUUUCUACUUGGACCAUUGUCUGUUUCUCUUGCCACUCGUUGGGGUGUCCGACCAGUUGUGAUCACCGGCUGUUGUCUCUUUUCAAUCGGUCUCUUUCUAACUGCAGCCACCAAUCAGAUAUGGCAGGCCAUACUAACAUACGGUGUGAUGGGCGGACUUGGUGGCUCCAUGAUGUACUCUCCAACCGUCGGCAGUCUUCCUGCGUAUUUCAGAAAGAGGAAGUCGCUUGCUGUGUGUUUAGCUCGAUCAGGAUCAUGGUUUGGCAACCUUGCCUUCGUUUCCUGCAUGACUGUCAUUCGCGACGAGUUUGGUUGGAGAAUGCAGUGCGUGUUCUUGGGAUGUAUUGGUUCAUUGACGAUUUUCAUGGGUGCGCUGUAUCGGCCUCGACCCGUGCAACCUGCUUCUGCUAGACCAUCGGUCAAAGAGAUUGUCGUGCAGUCAUGCAAUUCACAGAGACACCGUCGAUUCGCCGUGUGGGUAUGGAUACAUUCUCUUCAUUUCUUUCAACUGUAUCUCGUGCUCUUUCAUUUGGUUCGACAUGCUAGGUGUAUGCUGGGUGUUGAUUCAACCGCUUCGUCACUUCUUCUUGUUUACCUUUCAGCUGCUGCUGCAUGUUGCAGCAUCUCUAAUGGAAUUUUGCAGGACAAGGUGAAGAACAAGAUUCUUAUCUUGCAGUUUGUGAUCUUUGUUGGUGGUGUAGCCAACCUUUCCUUCCGAUUUCUGACGACGUAUCGUCAUCUCAUUGUAUACUCGAUACUGAUCGGAAUCGGGGACUCAUUUCUGUCGGCAAUGUGCGUCAUACCUCAAGAGUUGGUCGGAAGUAAAGAGGCAGUCAAUGCUUUUGGUAUUCUCUCGUUUAGUGGAGGACUUGUUAGUUGUUUUGGUGGACCCGCAGGAGGUUGGGCAUUUGAUGCAACAGGAUCGUAUGAUGUCGUCUUCACGAUUGCUGGUGGUUUCUCAGUAGUCUCUUGUUUACUGAUGUUUUGUGUAUCGUGUUCUACGAAAACAAAGAGUGAAAUGGUGGCAGAAGCGUCAAAGAAUGAACCAAAGUCAUCACCGGCUGCUGAAGUUGUUGGUUCUGUGGAGACGUCGGUGUAGCAGUGAGAGCGUGAUACAUACAUGCUGCUCUAUCAGUCACGGUAGGAGACGUUUAAUACAUUAAUUAAUUUGUUAGUUGUGUACUUUGAAAUUAUAUAUAUAAAUAUAUGUAUGUAUUAAAUUAAUAGAUAUGUGACUUUGAGAUUAAAUAUCUUUAUAAAUUUAGUAAAGAAAAG